UCCAUGAGUAUCACUAUGUUGAUCAGAACAUGAAUUGGACUGAAGCUCAGCAGCACUGCAGGAAAGAAUACACUGAUCUGGCUACAGUGAGCACCAUGGCAGAUUUGGAGAAACUCGGAGACAUACAUUCUAAGAACAUAGAAAUCUGGAUCGGUCUGUUCAAAAAGGCGGGCACCAAUGUCAUUUCCCACUGGUCUCUGCCUGGACUGCAGUUCAAUGAAAGUCAGGCAAAGUGGAAAAUAGGGGAACCAAAUGGUGUUACAUCUGAGACCUGUGGGGCUAUUGAAAAAAUUACUGAGAAACAGUGGCUGGACAUGUCUUGUAUGUGUUCAGCACAUUUCAUCUGCUAUAAUGGAAGUGCAAGCUCUGCUUAUAAAUAUUAUUUAGGAGAUAAAAAGACCUGGUUUGAUGCUCUGAGAUAUUGCAGAGUGAAUCACACAGACCUGAUCAGUGGACCACAGCUAGAGGAGCUGCAGAAGCAUGAUAAUCCCUCACAGAUAAUACAACUAUAUAAUGGGACAAGCGUGAAUAACUUGGACUCAUUAUCAACUUUUCACCACAUUUUCAUCGGACUGUUCAGAGAUGCUUGGACAUGGUCAGAUGGGAGCAGUUUCUCUUUCAGAGACUGGAAUUUGAAGUAUGACAGUUCAAGUAUAAAACAUGACUGCACCAUUCGUAACAAGGACGGCAUGUGGGAAACCAAAAACUGUUCGGAGCAAAAACCCUUCUUCUGUUACACAGAUCAUGUGAUCCUGGUCAAAGAGAGCAGAACCUGGGAGGAGGCCUUAUACUACUGCAGACAUCACCACCAUGACCUGGUCACCAUCACUAACAUGGAUGAACAGAGAUGGGUUCAGGAGAAAACCAAGAAUGCCUCCUCUCCCUUUGUGUGGACCGGACUGCGCUACACCUGCUCUCUGGGGUUCUGGUUCUGGGUCAGUGAUGAGGUGGUCCACUACAAGAACUGGGCCUCACCUGAACAGGUGAAUGAGUGUGACAUGUCAGGAGCCAUGGAGACAGGAGGAGAACACAAGUGGUUCAAGAGAAAUGAUGAGGAGAAGUUCAACUUUUUCUGUUCAAAGUGAAAAUCUGCUCACUGAUAACAAGCUUUUUCUUUUGUUAAUUUACUGAUAUUCUUUGUUUUCAAUAAAAUCGUAAACAUUUAGCAAAGCAUCAUUUUAGAGUUGAGGAAACACUUUGCUGUUAGGAUGUCAUUUACCAUCCAUCUA